AUGAUUCUCAAGGGGCAAGUCUCAAAUAACGGCUUUCGCCUUGGUCUAAAAGAUGUCUCUCUGCCGUCCCGCCGAGGCAACAUAAUCCGCCGUCCCAAACUCAGUGAUUGGGCUGAACGAGAUCAACUUCAAAGGCGGAAGGCCAUGAUCAGAUUACACAAUUCUCUUUUCCUCCAGCCUUCAACAAAGGAAGGAUUACGGGAGGCCGAAACGAUACCACCAUCCUCGACCUAUCCUCCUGAUACCUCAGUGGCCCGAGUUUCGAGCACAUGGGAAUGGGUUCAGCUUAAGAAGAUGUACUCAGGUGUAAGCCAGCUACCAUGCGGAAACUUCGAAGAGGCUUUCAUACCUAACAAACAAAAAAUCCAAGAGGUAAUCUCUACAUUGUUUCUCUUCGCAUGCGUCUGUUGCUGUAUCUUGUUCGUUCACCUAGAAUCGAGCCCCGAGAUUCUGGUGUCUGGAUCGACAGUAGCACGAAACUCAAAACAUAUUACACUGUCGCCGAAGACUACUUGGAUGGACGGGCCUGAGUUUGCCAAGGAGAUCAAACCAUAUCUGCAAGAGAGGGCCUCGCUCUUAGGCAUCUUUCCAAUAGCAGCCUUGUGUUACAUUCUUGUGACAUUUAUUGAAGAUGGUAGCUCACAGUUGGCUAUCGGACCAAAAGGGGACUCGACGCUACUGAAUGACAGCAUCGACAUGCGCGCCAUCAGCAAGACGUCGGCGUCGUUCUUCAGAACUCUAAAGACGAAGCUGCAAUAUCUCUCGCGGAUGAAGAUUGCGGCUCUUCGCCGUCAAGGGCCUGGCAGAGCCCCCGGCACAGGAGAGAGCUUGAGAAAGACCAUGCUUCAUAGUCUCCUCACCUUGCUCCGCAGGUUCAACAUCGAGACCCUCAUCAGCCUUGACGACAAACUCCCCUCGACACAACCCCCAGCAUCACGAUUUCCUAAGAUACGGAAUGACGAAAGGAACUCACAGUCACAAGUCCAUAACGGCGCCUCCGUCUGCAACCCUGCACCGCUCUGCUCGGGCCCGGAAGCGAUCCCGCUCGAAACCAUGGUCGAGAAAUACCCGUGUUACCCGCCCGGCCCUCGGCAGUGCGCACCGAAGCCCACGAGGUAUCCCGCCGCCGAGCAUCACUUCCCUCUGACAGAAUACUCUGCAUUCGUGGGUCGUCUUAGGCUCAAGCAGCUAGCGAACACUAUCCAUCUCUCCAAUGAUCGAUACAUAGGAUGCUUUGGCUUCUGCCCGCCUGUGCGGGUAUUGUCAGUCCGCAAGAGUCAAGACGUCUGUCUGACUCGCCGUGAUUUUCAACCUGUUCCCAUACUGGCGUUCCCCACGUCGUACCAUCUCCCUCAUAUCGCAAGGCGCAAAAAAGCCCACGAUAAAGCAACCACACAAUCAUCCAUCACAAGCACGAAAAAAACUAGCAGCGAUGAAAGAGAGAAACUCUAUCCUCCCUCCCCUCCCCCCCUCCCCGAGUCGGAGGAUGCCUGCGAUAUCGCGACAUGCAGACCAGCCGCAGGGAUAGUCGCCUUCCAGGGCAAAGACGCUUCGACGUAUCCGGACGAGGACGUGAUAUCUCCCUCACAAGCUCUGUUCCAGAAUGCGACGCUUAAAGUGGUGUCGGCGAGUAUCAGCCGGUCCAGCGUUUACCCCUCCAAGUUUUCCAUCAACGGCAGUUUGGAAACCAGACAUCUUAGCCUGGUGCUCUUCAGGCUUCAUCAACAUUCAACUCAGAUCUUCAAACGAAAGAGGAGACGACUUUCACACGGCACCAGCAGCAGCAAGGACAGCCUGAGCCAACCAGUCAAGCUGCAAGCAAAAGGCUCGGAAAAGGAAUUGAAUUCCUCUCUUAUCGUUGGUCAGACCUACAGCAGAUCCGUCACAAACAUCUCUGCCACUCCAUGUUCUUCGUCUGUGAUCGCCUCUUCUGUGAUCGCAAACUGGCUGGCUGUCGGAAUUUCCGACCUGAGCUAA